UGGUCCCGGAGGGCCCGGGGGCAGCGGCGGUCAGCGGGGCUCCGGGGCCGCCCAGUCCCCCCAGCAGCCGCCUUCGUCUCAGCAGCCGACGCCGCAGCAGCCGACGCCCCCCAAGCUGGCCCAGGCCACCUCGUCGUCCUCGUCCACUUCGGCAGCGGUGGCUUCCUCCUCGUCCUCGUCCACCUCCACCUCCAUGGCCGUCGCGGUGGCCUCGGGCCCCGCUCCUCCCGGCGCCGCGGGGCCAGGCCGCACCCCCGCCCCGGUGCAGAUGAACCUGUACGCCACCUGGGAGGUGGACCGGAGCUCGUCCAGCUGCGUCCCCAGGCUGUUCAGCUUGACCCUGAAGAAGCUUGUUAUGCUAAAAGAAAUGGAUAAAGAUCUUAACUCCGUGGUCAUUGCCGUGAAGCUACAGGGGUCAAAAAGAAUUCUUCGCUCCAAUGAGAUCAUCCUUCCAGCUAGUGGCCUGGUGGAAACAGAGCUCCAAUUAACUUUUUCCCUUCAGUACCCUCACUUCCUUAAGCGAGAUGCCAACAAGCUGCAGAUCAUGUUGCAAAGGAGGAAGCGAUACAAGAACCGGACCAUCUUGGGCUAUAAGACCUUGGCUGUGGGACUUAUCAACAUGGCAGAGGUGAUGCAGCACCCUAACGAGGGCGCUCUGGUGCUUGGCCUGCACAGCAAUGUGAAGGAUGUGUCUGUGCCUGUGGCAGAAAUAAAGAUCUACUCCCUGUCCAGCCAACCCAUUGACCAUGAAGGAAUCAAGUCCAAGCUGUCUGAUCGUUCUCCUGAUAUCGACAACUAUUCUGAGGAAGAGGAGGAGAGCUUUUCAUCCGAGCAAGAAGGCAGCGACGAUCCAUUGCACGGGCAGGACCUGUUCUAUGAAGAUGAGGAUCUACGGAAAGUAAAAAAGACUCGGAGGAAACUCACCUCAACUUCAGCCAUCACAAGGCAACCUAACAUCAAACAGAAGUUUGUGGCCCUCCUGAAGCGAUUCAAAGUUUCUGAUGAGGUGGGCUUCGGGUUAGAGCAUGUGUCCCGGGAACAAAUUCGGGAGGUGGAAGAAGACCUGGAUGAACUGUACGACAGUCUGGAGAUGUACAACCCCAGUGACAGCGGUCCCGAAAUGGAGGAGACAGAGAGCAUCCUGAGCACCCCAAAGCCCAAGCUCAAGCCCUUCUUUGAGGGGAUGUCGCAGUCCAGCUCACAGACGGAGAUUGGCAGCCUCAACAGCAAGGGCAGCCUCGGAAAGGACACCACCAGCCCUAUGGAAUUGGCUGCGCUAGAAAAAGUCAAAUCUACUUGGAUUAAAAACCAAGAUGACAGUUUGACUGAAACAGACACUCUGGAAAUCACUGACCAGGAUAUGUUUGGAGAUGUGAGCACAAGUCUGAUUGUGCCUGAAAAAGUCAAAACUCCCAUGAAGUCCAGCAAAACUGAUCUACAGGGCUCUGCCUCCCCCAGCAAAGUGGAAGGGACUCACACACCCCGGCAGAAGAGGAGCACACCCCUGAAGGAGCGGCAGCUCUCCAAGCCCCUGAGUGAGAGGACCAACAGCUCCGACAGCGAGCGCUCACCCGACCUGGGCCACAGCACACAGAUUCCAAGAAAGGUGGUGUAUGACCAGCUGAAUCAGAUCCUGGUGUCUGAUGCAGCCCUCCCAGAAAAUGUCAUCCUGGUGAAUACCACUGACUGGCAGGGCCAGUAUGUGGCGGAGCUGCUCCAGGACCAGCGGAAGCCUGUUGUGUGCACCUGUUCCACUGUAGAAGUCCAGGCUGUGCUGUCUGCUCUGCUCACCCGGAUUCAGCGCUACUGCAACUGUAACUCCUCCAUGCCAAGACCAGUCAAAGUGGCGGCCGUGGGAGGCCAGAGUUACCUGAGUUCCAUCCUCCGGUUCUUUGUCAAGUCCUUGGCCAGCAAGACUUCUGAUUGGCUGGGCUACAUGCGUUUCCUCAUCAUUCCCCUGGGUUCUCACCCUGUGGCCAAAUACUUGGGCUCAGUCGACAGUCGAUAUAGCAGCACCUUCCUUGAUUCUGGCUGGAGAGACCUGUUCAGCCGCUCGGAGCCCCCAGUGUCAGAACAAUUGGACGUGGUGGGCCGUGUGAUGCAGUAUGUCAGUGGGGCGGCUGCAACACACCAGCUGCCCGUGGCCGAAGCCAUGUUGACCUGCCGGCAUAAGUUCCCUGAUGAAGACUCCCAUCAGAAGUUCAUUCCCUUCAUUGGCGUGGUGAAGGUAGGCCUAGUUGAAGACUCACCCUCCACUACAGGUGACGGGGACGAUUCACCUGUGGUCAGCCUUACCGUGCCCUCUACAUCACCACCUUCCAGCUCUGGCCUAAGCCGAGAUGCCACAGCCACCCCUCCCUCCUCCCCGUCCAUGAGCAGUACCCUUGCCGUCAUGGGGAGCCCCAAUAGUCCUUAUGGGGAUGUGAUUGGUCUCCAAGUGGAUUACUGGCUAGGCCUUCCUGCGGAACGGAGGAGGGAAGGCGACAAGAGGGAUGCCAGCUCAAAAAACACCCUCAAGAGCGUCUUCCGCUCAGUGCAGGUUUCCCGCCUGCCCCAUGGUGGGGAAGCCCAGCUUUCCGGCACCAUGGCAAUGACUGUGGUCACCAAAGAGAAGAACAAGAAAGUUCCCACCAUCUUCCUGAGCAAGAAACCCCGGGAAAAGGAGGUGGAUUCUAAGAGCCAGGUCAUCGAGGGCAUCAGCCGCCUCAUCUGCUCCGCCAAGCAGCAGCAGACCAUGUUGAGAGUAUCCAUCGAUGGAGUCGAGUGGAGUGACAUCAAAUUCUUCCAGCUGGCAGCCCAGUGGCCCACACAUGUCAAGCACUUUCCAGUGGGACUCUUCAGUGGCAGCAAGACCACCUGAGGCCCUGCCUCCCAGCCACUCUCCCUCCUGGCACUGCCACCCAGCCUCGCCACCUGCCGGCAGGGGGAGGCCAGCAGGCCCGGCCCAGCACCCCUUCCUGGCACUGGAGCCUGCCUCUCACAUGCCCAGUCCUGAAGGACACUGCCACUGGGGACGCUGCCCUCCCCUGCCCACUGCCUAGUCCUACCCCUGGACUGCCAUUCCUCUCUCCCUCUUUCAGUUCUCCCUCGUGCUCCAGGCCCAGAGCAAGUUGGUUCUGCCUUCUGGUACCCAUAGUCCCUGGAAGUGAGUCCUCCAGGGCUUCCUUCAUCGAUCUCUCCACUGCUUGCCCCUGUGGUACCAGUUCUUUUUCUAGAAAUAGGAAGCCAGGAAUCUUGGUCCACAGAGGGAGAGACCAGCCUCCCCCGCCCCACCCUGACCACUAGCCUCUCAUUUUCUAAGGCCCUGCUGCCAGACACCACUCACGCUGUUUAUAGCCAGCAGAGGCAGGCCCUCUUCCCACACCUGGGGUGGUCUCUGCCUGCUCCACGGCUUCCCACUGGAGGGUAAGGGGCACCCAAGUGACAAGUAUGUUUUUAGAAUGGAGGGGUCUUCCCAUUCUCACACACACACAACUUCCCACUAUCACAGGUCCCUAUAGAUGUUGUGAGUCCUGAGUGUUUCUUUAGGUCUUUGCACGGUCAGUCCCUUGGUUGUUCAUGUGGCUCGCCCUGUGUACAGGUUCUGUCCUUCCUCCCCUAUUGGUGAUGCUAUUCUUUCUACCUCCCAGCCUCCCACCCAGCACAGCUCUGCCUAGCCUAGAGGUGGGAGGCAGAUCCCCAGCACCUGUCUGUGACCCCCUGCCACCAGCCCUGUGUCUCUCUUCCUGUGUGUUCUUUGUCUUCCCUAACCCUAGUGCUCCCCUACUGCCCACAGCUCUCUGUGGAUAGAUCUGAGUCCCUCCCCAGCCUCCUCAUCAGCAUCAGUGUCCUCAGAAGGGGCUGAGGACUUGAGGACAGGGUGCAGAGCUGGCCCACCUCCAUACCUGCUGGCAUCUCCAGAGCUUCUCCAUCACCCUCUCACUGCUCCCCAGAAGCUGUGGCACAGAACUUCAGUUUGAAAGUGUUCUUCCUAUUCUCCAUGCCUUCCAUGACUCUCCAACCCUUCCCCACAGCCGGCCCUGCUGUCCAGAGCAUCUCCUGGGCCCAAGAGGAGAGCAGGGUGGGAGGACGGGUAUGUUGAAUUUUUCAUUCAAUAAACUGGUGAUUUCUUACCAAU